CCAGGUGUUGACAUGCGCGAAGACCUUCCCACUUUUCCCCCACCCUGGACGGCAACACCUGCUUUCCUCUUGGGCGGCAUUGUUUUUGAAUUUCCGGACCGGACAAUCAGGGCGUGGUUGGCGGCGGUCGUAUAAAUGCUGAUGAAGGAAAGGAGAACGUGAAGGUUGUUUGGUGUGAAUAAGCGCUGCUAAGAGCGUCACUGAAUGAUAAUGACUAACCGAGUACUUAAGUGGGUCCAUGUUUCUCGAAGUGCCUGCUCUAGUAAGCAACAGAAGGUAGGUACCUACGGACGGAGUACAACUACUCCGUACUUUAUUAACACCUGUGGCAGGGGGCUGUAAAGUGCAUCCCUAAAGCCUGAUUAUUAGGUACCCCACCAAAACUCUACCGACAUUGAUCUGAACCCAACCUGCAACUAUUCUCAGACACCACAAUCCAGCUGUGAACACUUCUCUCAACGACGCAGACUAUAUUGCACAACCUCAGGGGAUCACUUAUCACUUACUACCAUGUGCAAACACAUUCUCAACGCCCAAGUUUCCGUUCGGUCGCCUUGUUGUCGAAAAUGGUUCGACUGUGUCGAAUGCCACAGCGAACAGGAGUCACACCCUCUUAAGGAAAGCUUCGAGAUGAUUUUCGCGUGUAAGAAGUGCAGAAAGUGCUUCAGAAAGGAUGUGAAGGAGUUCGAAGAGGCCGACGAGUUUUGCCCUCAUUGCGACAACCAUUUUGUUAUCGACGCAAAGACCCCUCAAGCAGCUCUUUCGAUUGAAAGCGACGACGUACGAAUGGACAACAAGAUGCUCAAGGACGACAGACAAAAGACAAAAGGACUCAGGUCCAUCUUCGACCCGACAGAGGAAGCCGACAAGCUGGGUUAAUUCAGAACACAAGAUCAGAUAAAAAGAGGAAAGACGUGGCGUUUAGGAUACAUAGCGAUUUGUCACUUUCACGGGGAUACGCUCUGAGAGAACUUAGGCGUGCAUCAUUAGUUGUGUUAAUACAAUGGCACAGGGUCCCGGCUUUAGAGACCCGUGCUCUUGUCUAUGUAAACUCUUCCCAUACGCCUCUCUAUUCCGCAGCGGAGUCAUCCUGAGAUCGAGUCAGGAUGGCAGCACUGCCGGUUCCAGGGGUCCGUCCCGUCUUCUUCUUAGCAGCUUCUUCCUGCUUCUCCUGCUCAAUUUCCUUGACGUAGCCUUCAAUCUCGGACGUAGGUAGUGUUUCGAUGGUGGCGCCAGGUGCCAUAAGAGAAAUCUCGAUGUUCUUGGCUCCGGUCUGGACAACCUCGAGCAGCGACUUGAUGGCAAGCCGGAUGGUAGCCUCUCGGUCCAUGUCCUCCUUGUAGUUUCGCUCGAGGAACUCACGAACAGUCUUGCUUGAACGGCCGAUAGCGUUUGCCUUCCUGUUGGAUCAUUAGUUUCGAGGCUUGGCCUGAUAUUUUUAUCAUUUGAAUAACGCACCAGGCAGAGUAGAUGCCAGAGGGCUCCGUCUGGUACAGCCGAGGGACAUCGCUGCCGUUGUCGAACCCAACAAUCAGAGUGCUAAUGCCAAAUGGUCGGACGCCACCAGCCUGUGUGUACCGUUGCUGGACGCCAGCGACAUAUUUGGUAAUGUAGUCGAUAGUAACAGGGUCUUCAACUGACAACCGAUGGGACUGUGCCUCUAAUCGAGCUUUGUCAACGAGGAUACGAGCAUCCGCAUUUAGGCCAGCGAAGGCGAGGGCGACGUGGUGAUCGAGGAGCUGGAUCUUGGAAGGUGUGAUGCGAGUAUCUUGCAGCUUCAUGGCGGAGCGCUUCUCACAUCCUAGCACCACAACAUCGGCACCCUUGACACCGACAGCACAAGUUCCUAUUGGAGGUAUAAGCCACCGCAACAAAGCUGUUGACCAAAACCUGAUAUUUACCUCGCUUGACAGCUUCGCCGGCAUAUUCGACCUGGAAAACGUGGCCGUCGGGACUAUCCAGAUGUUAGGAAGCUUGUCGUGAGUGUUGUUAUGGUACUGACCUGAAUACUGCACUUAUUGUUAGCGAUGGAUAUAUCAUUGAACACGGGCCCGUUGUGUGAACUCACCCGACAGAGCUCUGUCGUAGCCGGAUGCCAUGGUGUCGGAUUAAAGAAGAGUUGUUGCGAAAUCGCUAUAUUUGGGAGUAGACAGUGUGCUUUUUUGGUGUAUGGAGGCGAAACGUGGAGUCGUUGCGAGGCUCAAGGAGUGUUGACGUUGAUGUACAAGUAUUGGGGUGCUCAGCUUCGUCAGAACGGCAGCCUGCCUGGUACCUACGGAAGGCUGAGAGCUGUAGCUCCCCAGUUAGCAACGGGCCGGAAAAACACCGUCGCGUUUUCCAUAGUGGGCACGGACCUCUAAUUACUGCUGGCUCUCUUCUACAUGCUUAUAUCGACUUCAUAGCCGCACAAGCAGUCAACUGCCCCUGGAAACAAUUAAUCACAUCACGGCUUCAUAUACUCCGCUUCGUGCUUGCAUACUGAAAACCGCUACCAUAGCCUCAUUGAUUCAGCUUUGCAGUUUUGCAGUCUCGCAGUCCAUAUAGGUCUCAGAUCCCUACUUCAACUAUGUGCGAAGCUGGCUGUUUACACAUGAAAAGAAUGGAUUUAAUAUUUCUCAUGAGGCCAUGAAAAUAGGAGAACGGUACAAGGUAAACGCAUGACUAAUGUUUGCGAAUAAGAGACAUGUCAACUAUCCCCGAGGUUAGAAAGUCGCCACUUCGGACCAUGUUUGACUCUGCAAAACACUGGCAACAUGUUGACCUUUCUCAAUGAGCCUCGAUCGAAAGCUGUCGAUCCACAUGAUCUCCAUGAGUCCAUCCUGCGAAACCGAAUUGAUAUCUCUGUACAAAUCCAUCGCUACGGUCAUCGGCAUAAUCAGCAUGUCAGGUUGAGCAGUGUCAUGCAAGACUGAAUCGAGUCCACGGCAGAUAUCUGCCGCAAACAUGCGCCCAUGCUGAUAUCGAUUGAGGUCGAUCUGCAAGUCGAAUGGCAAGUCAGGCCACAUAUUUGGGUACGCGUCGAUGACUGGCUGGUAGAUGGAUUGGUGCAAGCUUUCAAUGCAUUGGUGAAAUAGGAUUUGUGUCAUCCAGUAAUAUAGGAAGGCAAGUCCGGUGUUUGCGUCCCUGAAAGCGUACGAAUUCGUGAAAGGAAUAAGACCUCCGGGGCUGAUCAGCUCCUCAGUCCAGUAGGCCACGGGCUGUUCAAAGCUGGAACGGUUGGCCAUUUGAAACCAAGCAUCAAGGUGUCUCUCAAGGGAAAGGCAAUCCCGGAGAAGCUGCUGAGCGCUAUGCCGUCGAUGAAGGGUUGGUUCUGACGGAACAAUCUGAUCAACUUGAGAAAGGAUGGCAGGCAGCAGAAGAACAAGAUCCAGGAGAUGGUCCAGGAGAGACUUCGGAUGUCUCUGCCAUGGGACAGUCUUCCAAUCUGGAGAUGAUACAAAUGUAUCUUGUCGCCUCAGGAGAGCGAAGCCGGUCUAUCUUGCACUCAGCAGAACGAAAUAACCAUGGAUCGUUGAACGCUACUUACAGCUAGAGGUCGAUACACCCGCACAAAGAAAUGAUGAUUGGGAAAGUGACUAAAGUAGGCCGGUCCCAUUCGUCGCAUCCGCUGGGAUCCUGAUUCGCCAAAUGCAUAUGCUGUUUCAUGCUAGCUAAUUGUUAGCAGUCAUUUGGAAUCGGUAAGGGUAUUGCACAAACCUCGAAGAAGAAGAUGCAGUAACUUUGUGCCGAGUCGUCUUGCUCAUAUACGCUCGGUAAACGUGCUAAGCAUUGUGCUCUUACACCAAAUUCUCCUCCACCCACUAAUGACUGUAAGUCUGUCGGCGUAUAUGGCGGGAAGGUAAUGCGGAAAGGUGCGGAGUCAUCAGCUGAAUGAUCUGGGAGAGUGUAUGGAAGCCUAGUGUGCAGGGCCGAGACGAGAACCGAAUACUCCACUCCUUGAUCUGAGACAAGUGUGUGGUCGUCCCAGGCUGAGGUGAGAGGAUGGACUGGCGUGAUACCGAGAGUUCUAGGAGGCUCCUCGUACAGAGGCGAGCUCUCCUUCUUGGAGGAUGAGCCUUUCUUUGGAUGGGAGGCUACUCUGCCUUUAUUCUGCGGCGUCCCGGUAAUGAAGACUCGUUCUCGUUCAUAGCCUUCACAUUGCCUUCCACUCGAUAUACACUUCUGGC